AUGGCUGAGAUCGGUUCAGAGACUUCGAUCAGACAAUUGCUAGAGAAGAAAACCAAUGAUUUUCUUCUAUGCUAUGAAGAUGCAACGAAUGCCAAUGAUCCCAAUUUAAUCUCCCGCCAUCUGGCACCGGAUUGCAAGCGAUACUUUGGACCCGUGGGUUACCUCACAGCGAUGGGCUUACCCCCAGACUUUGGCUUCUCCGUACCCGAAUAUCAGGCUGCUUACGAGCAGCACAUGCCCAUUUGGGCCGUGAAAUCCACGGAUAUUCUCAACGUCGUCAUCGAUGAGGCUGGGAGGAAGGCAGCCGCAAGAUCGAUAUGCCAUGGAGAGUUUUGCGACGGAGAUAAGUUUGCGCUGGACUUUACAUGGUUUCUGGAGUUCAGUGAAGAUGGCACCGAGAUCAAGAAGGUCUUGGAGUUUGUCGACAUUCCUGAAAGCAUUCGACACUUCAAGAAGAACCAGGAGCUUCUUGAGAAGGUGAAACCAGAGAGUGCAUAG